AUGGCCGACGCCGGAGACGAGCCCGCCAACGUCUCGGAGCCCCUCGAUCUGGUCCGCCUCCUGCUCGACGAGGUCGUCUUUGUCAAGCUCAGGGGCGACCGCGAGCUCAAGGGCCGACUCCACGCAUAUGACAGCCACUGCAACCUCGUGCUCGGUGACGUCGAGGAGACCGUCUACGUGGUUGAUGACGAGGCAGAGGACGAGGAAAUCAAGACGGUCAGCAAGAAGUCAGAGAUGCUGUUCGUCCGAGUGUCGUCUUAA